UCACCGGAAAAUUUAUUUUGACAUGUACACCGGAAAUGCCGUGUGGGCACAGCUGACUUGACAGCAGACGCUCCUCAAAUCCAACUUUUCCAAAGCGCACAGGCGCACUGUUUACAGCCAAACACGACUGAAUGAAUCUGAGAAGAUUUCACGCUGCAGUCACAUCAGAUCCACACUACAUUGACACAUAUCUUUGUAGCGUUCAUCCCAAACAAAACGAUUGGACGGUUUUGUGAGUUUUUUUUUUUUUUUUUUUUUGGUGCGUCUGCACUUUGUUCCGUUUUUUUUAGGAAAUAUCUGCGUUCUCAGUCGUCGGAUCCAGAAUGUGGGGGAUCCAGAGAUCUCGGUACGCUGACUGCAACGGAUCAGAAGCCAGUGAAGAAGCGGAGAUUGUGGUGAACAUCGGCGGGGUGAAACAGGUGCUUUACGGAGAAGUGUUGAACCGCUAUCCGGACACCCGGCUAGCUGAACUGGUGGACUGGUCGUCACAAUCCUGCGAAGAAAUGCCAUCAUUGUGCGAUGAUUAUGACCCGGAGACAGGAGAGUAUUAUUUUGAUAGAGACCCGGAGGCAUUUAAGUGCAUAAUUGAGCUGUAUUAUUAUGGAGAGAUACACAUGAAAAAGGGCAUCUGUCCGAUUUGCUUCAUGAAGGAGAUGGAAUUUUGGAAAAUCGAUUCGGAUUUCCUGGAUGAAUGCUGUAAAAGCCAUCUUAAGGAGGUUGAGGACGAACUUGCAGAAAUUGCGGAGAGAGUGAGAACUAUCUUGGUGGACAGAGAAGGAGAUCCGUCCGCGGGAGGCUGGCAACGGUUCCAGAUUUCCGUCUGGAGGCUGAUGGAGAAGCCAGAGUCCUCGCUGCCCGCGCACGUUAUUGCAAUAGUUUCUUUCAUUUUCAUCCUCAUCUCCUCUGUGGUGAUGUGCGUCGGGACUAUUCCUGAGCUGCAGGUGCAAGACUCGGACGGUAAUCUCACUGAGCAUCCAACUUUGGAGGUCAUCGAGACCGUGUGCAUCUGCUGGUUUACAGUCGAAUAUCUCCUCCGCCUGAUCUCUUCUCCAAACCAAAUCAAGUUCUUUUUUUCGUUCAUGAACAUCAUCGACUUCAUGGCGAUCAUGCCUUUCUUCGUGGUGUUAAUUCUGACCUCAAUUGGCGCAGGUGUGAUGGAGCUGGCGAACGUGCAGCAGGCGGUGCAGGCUUUACGCAUUAUGCGCAUUGCGCGCAUUUUUAAGCUGGCUCGACAUUCGUCUGGACUCCAGACCCUCACAUCUGCCCUGAAGAGUAGCCUGAAAGAGCUUGGACUUCUCCUGAUGUACAUGGGCGUCGGGGUCUUUCUGUUUUCUGCUCUGGGCUACACUAUGGAGCAGAACCACCCGGACACUCUGUUCACCAGCAUCCCUCAGUCGUUCUGGUGGGCUGUGAUCACCAUGACCACAGUCGGGUAUGGAGAUGUGUACCCUAAAACCACUUUAGGUCGGUGUAACGCCGCCAUCAGUUUUCUGUGUGGAGUCAUCGCCAUCGCGCUGCCCAUACACCCCAUCAUCAACAAUUUUGUCCUGUUCUACAACAAGCAACAGGUCCUGGACACUGCGGCCAAGCACGAGAUUGAACUGAUGGCGCUGCGCACCGGGGAGGUGGAGGCGUCUCCCGGGGACCACAAACACAUCUGCGGCGCAGCGGGGUGGGACAAGUCCAUGAGCACCUGUCAUAGCGACACCUACAUACCUUUGCCAAAGGAUGGCAGGGGAGGGGCCAGCUUUCAAGCCCCAACCAUGGAAACGAGCUUUGAGAACACCUCAACUGAGAGCUCUGAAAAUAAAUGUCAUCUCCUGAAUAGAAAUGUCUCCAAAUGAAUCACACCAGAUCUGAGGAACUUGUGUAUAGCUCCUUAACAAAGAGUCCAUUAAACCAACAUGUAUGUGAGGUUUGCCUCACUGAUGAAGACUUGAUGUAGGCUGAACAGCUCUGUUUGAAUUCCCCCUGUGAAGGCAUCUUAUAUAACACCCAGACUUCACACAUACACUGCAGACUGUAUUCUUUUGUAAUGUCUUUUAAAAGAGCAGCCUUUUCACCAGAAAACAUUAAAGUAACAGUAGAAUCAUAGACAUCUCAACAGACCUGGAGGUGUCUGAGUCAUCUAUACAUUUUAAUGAGGUGACUAUUGCAGCAUAGAGGCCAUUAAGGCUUAUUGUUUCUGUGUCUGCCUCAGUGUCGUUUCUGUAAGUGACAUGUAUGAUUAUGAAGUGAAAUGUCAGAUAAAAGUCGUCUCUGGAGGCAGAAAUUUGGAAAGCAGUUGUGUCAUUUGUCUGUAUGGAAAUGUAUGUAUAUAUAUGUAAAUAAAUAUAUGUAGUGUGUUUCAGAAGCCACAAAACACCCCAGCUGAGUCAAAAACUCUUAAAAUUUGAAUUAUUUUCUUAAAACUAGCAAAAAAUAAAUAAGAAAUUGGCCAACAGGGUAAGAAAAAUGGUCGGAAUUCUUAUUUUAAGAAAAAUUAAACCCACUAAGACAUUUUUCUUGGACUAAAAUUGUUUUGCUUUUCAAAAGAAAUUCUUGAUAAGAUUCUUUUUCUUGCAAUUCAAAAAAUAAGACAUUUUUUUAAAUAAAAAGAAUAGGGUGUUUUUUCUUUAAGUGUCUCAGCUGCCAUCUCCCCUUUUAAUGGAUGGAUGAGGAAAACGACAGGAGGUUGAGCAAGCAAAAAAAAAGCUACUUAUAUACAAAUUGAAAUUGUAAUUUGCCCAUUUGAUUUAUAUUUCAAAGCAAAAAACAUUCUUGACAGUUUGCAUGUUCCCUCAAGGGUUCUUCUCUUACCAGUCUUGAGUGACAUCUCUGCAAAAAAGCACAACUCACAUCAGAAUUGUUAGUUUACUGAAGCGAAGGGGCUAAAUGCAUUUCUGGCAUAUUUCUUUCAAGGUUUGUCUCUGAACGCAAACUGUAGUUCAGGGCAAUUUUGAACAAUUUCUACUAGAUCUGCUCUCAUAGUUUACCUUUAAAACUCUUUUUGUGGCAAUGAUUUAUAUCCAUCUCUUUAGUACAACCCCAGCUUCUUUUUUUACAGAUAUAUUUUCAUUUUGUUAGACAACAAUUCAGAACUAAGCCUGAAACUGUACAAAAACUCAGUUCUGAAUAGUAAAAUGAUUUUUUUUGCAGGAAGAAUACAAAAAAAGUUUUUUAUAUUUGAUAAAAAAGGUCUAAAGAAAAGAAAAAUGAAAACAUCCUAAACAAAGCAUAGGCAAAGUUAAACCAUUGUAAAAAUGUUUAAAAAUUAUUAUCUCCAAUAAACUAUAGAAAACAUUCCAAGGAUUUAUUUCAAGGGACAUCACAGUUAGGCAUCAUAACUCUUAUAAUGUUUGUGUUUGACCAAAAAUUUUAAAGCUAAUACCUUUUCUGAAACCUGUAUUUCAAAUUUUGAACGAAAGCAAUGCUAAUGGUCAUUGUAAAAAAUCCAUGUAACCAGCAAAUACACCAGUGAGUCCAGGGGGUAAAAUAGUUUAAAAGUUGCUUUAUUUGCAGAUGUGUGUAUGUUUUCUUUAGACUACGUAUUUGGUUAAAAUACAGAACAGUCAUCUGUGCUUUAAAUUCAUAAAUAAAUUAAAAAGAUAAACUUUUACAAAUAAUAUAUCUGAUCAAACCUGGAUCAGUUAAAGUGGAUUUUUUAGGUUUUAUUCAUAAAAUCACGCUUUCAAUGUUUUUCUCAUUCAGAUGAUUUCAUAAUUUUAUUAAUUGUGAACAUUUCUUCCAUAAAAAUAUAUUGUAGAAAACUUAUAAAGACAGGAAAACAGAUUUAAAUGAUGCGAUCUGGGAAGUUCUGAUAAUUAAUCACAAUUAUAAUAAAACGCAAAAGUACAGCUUCUCCCUCACCAAAUGUACUUAAAUGAAAAGAAAUAACAAGAGGGUGGUCCAGAAUGUCCUCCCGCUGGUGUACUGCAGGACUACUGUCUCCUCUGUCCAGCAGCAGAUUCAGAUAUGCUGAAGCCUGAGAAGAGGGCUAUUGUUGACGGUGACAGGUGGAAUAGGUUUGCACUGUGGAACGGCAUAAUGUUCCUUUCAGACAUGCAUUAAAAUACACACAUGCAGUUUCAAGUUCAAAUUGAAAUGCACGAGCACAUGUGCCUAGUAUCCAUAAAUUCCUUCUCUUCGUUGCCACCUCCUAACACGUGCGGGCAGAAUUAUUUGUAGCCUUUGCGUAUUUAUCCAUCGUUAUGUGUAUUCUAGAAUGACCCGGCAUGAUCUACCAGGUUUUACACCCACAUGUUGGUCAUCUUCUGCAUUCAGUGGGUGUUGCAGAUACGUGUUUACACAAAGCUGCUCAUUAUUCCUUUGCUAAAAUACUACCAGCUACUAAAUAAUAAUGGUUACACAGAAAACCAUUUUAUCCCUCCACGUUCCACAUGUUACAAGCUGUAGUUGUGAUUUAAAAUGUAUUGUGUGAAAUAAAAAAAUAUCAAAAUC